AUGAGCAAGUUUGAUCACCAGGACAAGUCAACGUUUUUGUCCGGCAAGAAGAAAGAGCUCCUCUUCCCUGUCAUUUCACCCUCGCUUAUGGUGGCAGACCAAACACAGUUGCUGCUGGAUUCACUAAAUGUUUUGUCCUUUGAGGGUGGCGCUGUUGACUGGCUGCACGUUGACGUUAUUGAUGGCCAUUUUGCGCUAAACAUGUGCUUCAGCCCCGACAUGGUGGCUGCACUGCGUCGUCAUCUUCCUCACACCUUUCUUGACGUUCAUCUUAUGGUGAUGGAACCUGAAAAAUGGGUACGCCCGUUUGCUCAUGCAGGGGCCUCACAGUUCACCUUUCACAUUGAGGCCACCAAGGAUCCAAUGGCAUUGGCACGCAAAAUUCGUGGGGCCGGUAUGCAGGUCGGUACUGCAAUCAGUCCUCGCACUCCGAUUGACGGUCUUAUCCCCCUGAUUGAGAACGGUGCUAUAGACGUGGCACUUGUAAUGACAGUUGAGCCUGGAUUUUCGGGACAAAAAUUUAAGCCGGAAACUCUUGCAAAGGUGCGACAGCUGCGUGGCCGCUACCCCCAUUUGAACAUUCAGGUGGAUGGUAAUAUAACCCUUGACACCGUUGAAGCCGCUGCAUCUGCAGGGGCCAACUGCCUGGUUCCAGGAAGCGCUGUUUUUAAAGCCAAGGAUCGACAAGCAAGCGUCAAGAAACUGCGCCAGGUUGUUAGCAGCCACUUGCAAUCUCACUUGUAG